GCCUCGCCCUCCACUCACGAGGACUUCGAGGGUCGGAUCAAGUCGUUGACGACUGAGAUAUCGAGUCUCAACCGACGGAACAUCGAGUUGGAGACCGACUGCAAGCGGCUCCAGAAACGGGUCGCCAAUUGGGUGAAUCAGUUGAGCGCUUCCGACAACACGAUUAGGGAACUACAGUCCAGGGAAUCUGAUCUCACCGCAAAUCUGGACGCAAAGGACAGUCAAAUCGCUGUACUGAAGGUCCGACUCCAGGAGACCGACGCUGAACUGCAGCAACGGUUGACCCAAAUCGACACAUUAGAGCAGUUGAACGAGUCGUUGCGUACCAGCGCUGAGGCCAACACGAGCACCACCAACGACACCGUCGAGGACUACCGGCAACAGAUACGCCAAUUGGAGGGCGACCUACAGAUGGAAAGGGAGGCGCUGAAGGCCACGCGGAGCCAAACCAUGGCACAGAUCGGUCGACUCGAAGAUAACCAAAAAUCACUCGUGGACGAGAUAUCGAUACUACAGCGCAAUAUAGCGGUGGAGAAGUCGGCGAAUCAGGAACUAGAGGUACGGCUGAAGAACGCACUGAAAAUGAGCGAAGACGUGGACAGGGAUUACAAUGAGUUCAAAGUGAAGGCCAACAAAACGCUGGCCGAUAAGGACGAACUCAUACGCGCCCUCAAGAGCACC